AUGAGUAUUUCUAAUAAAAUUUAGGAAAGGCAUUCAAGAAGAGAUAUGGGUAUUAAUAAGCAAAUUGAUAUUGUUCUCUAAAGUCCAUUGCUUAAGAACUCAAUAAAAUUAAAUCUUGAAAAUAUUCAAAGAUCAAAUUCAGAAUAGUUUAUAACUCCUUUAAAUAAUAAAUAAUCAUUAAAAUAUGCUUAAAAUUUAUCACAUUGUAGUAAAGAUGGAUUAUAAUUUGGAUUAACAGAGAGAGAAAUAAAUUUAUGCUCAAACGAAUUAUAAGUAAUGUAAUCUCAUUGUAAAAAUUUAUUGGGAGCUACUCUAUCAGUUAGAACAUCAUAAUCAAAUUAAUUUUUUUCUCCUAAAUAAAUUGAAUUAAGCAAUUUAGAAUAUGAAAGUCCUAAAAUAAGAAAAGAUUUUAAAUUCAAAGACAAAGAGAAUUAAACAAGUUAAGAAAUUUAAUAGAAAGUUGAAGAAAUGAAAGUUAAUUAUAUAAAAUCAAGUGUUACCCUUAAUUAAUAACUAAAUGAUAAUACAAGGUUAUUACAAUAAAUUGAUGAAUUGAAGAAAUAAUAAUAAAAUUUGUCUUAGAAUUAUGAAUUUAAAAAAAAAGAAGAAAGUAACGGAAAGAAUAAAAAAGUAGCUAUAAAUGUAAAAAUAAAUAAUGCUAAAACUAAGUAAUUGAUAAACUUAAAAUAAUAGAAUCUUAUUGAUUUGAUAGCAAAAUAAUAACUUAUAAUAUAAGAUUUAUAAAAAAAACUCUAAUAUGAAAAAACAGAAAAAGAAUGCUUAAAAUUAUUUUGUUAGUCUCCAAAAUCAGAAAAUUAAUUAAAUCUCAAAUAAUAAGACGUUAGAAAAAGUUAAACUAAGUUUCAUUUUAAUAAUUGA